AUGGCCCAAGACAAGUGCGAGACCGGCCACAAGUCCACCAAGCACUGGACGAUGUCAAAGACGCAAAAUAUGGUAACGUUCUCCGUAAUGACAUACACGCAGAGGACAGCGACGGCUGUGAAGACCCAAGUCAGUGAUGUGCGCAAUGGAAACUAA